CUCUGUGUUUUUAUAUUUAGUCGGGUGGAACAAGACUGCGGCUUUUCUUCCUGAACGUUAGCCUACAACUAAAUAGUCGCCAAUGCCUGGUUCUUAUAUCAUGCAGUGGCUGGGACUUUUGCUUCUCGCAGCAAUCCUGCUGCAGACUGUUGGAUUUGUAGUCACAUUUUUAUACUUCAGCAACGUUUUGUCUACGAUGAAGGAAACGUUCUCGAGGAGCGGAAUUUCAUGUCUGAUGAAGGAAAAUCUCAGGAACUUGGACGUGGGUACAGAGAACAGAAAAGACGACCCCUGCUGGCAAAUAACGCAACAGUUCCAUUUGCUGAUUGAAAAGACUAUGUCAAAUCGCUUUGAGAAGGAAAUCUCUUCAGCAGUAAAAGAUGAGGUAUCAAGGUUUAUGCCAGCUUUGACUAUGGAAAACCACGAUUCACUCCCACGGCCUGAAAUCGCAGCACACAUCACAGGCAAAUACUUGCCGUCAGUAGACAGAGUUAAAAGACCGCCCACUUGGAAAGUUCUGGGCCAAAAGAUUGAGUCUUGGGAGACGGAUAAAGGCCUGGCUUUCCUUCGCAACAUGAAAAUGAUCAAUGGGGAGCUUAUUAUUCCCCAGGCCGGACUUUACUACAUGUACUCUCAAAUCUACUUCAGACACGCCCGCUCCCUUGAGGACGAUCGCUCAGCCAGGAAUGCACAGAUGCUACAAUACAUUUACAAAAAAGUGGCCUCCUAUUCUGAGCCCAUUCUGCUGAUGAAAAAUGCCCGGACCACCUGCUGGUCUGAAAAUGCGGAGUAUGACCUCUACUCCAUCUACCAGGCUGGGGUGGUUCAGCUCAGUACCAGGGACCGCAUCUUCGUGACCGUAAGCAAUGUCAGUGCUGUGGACAUGGAUGAGAAGUCGAGCUUCUUUGGCGCAUUCUUGGUCACGUAGUGGUGGGCCUUGAAGCUGGUUUUAGUAAAUAAAGACUAGGUGCACCCCAGGUGGGUGUCGGUCAGUCGUGGAGAGGUACUGGUCCAGUGAGCAGCUUGCUCCAAAUUGUUUUACCAAAUUUGUCUUUCUGGCUGAGAUCUUGAGGGAGCGUGGUCAAGAAGAGCAAGGCCGGUUUAUCUCAGGGUUCUCUGGAUCAGUGAGCAGGGCUAGCCCCUCUGGUCCUUGUGGGUAAGCGAUUGGCCAGUCAGAGAUCCGGGGAUGAAUCUUCACAGUAUGUGAAGGGGAAGUGCUGGACAAAGGACCAGGCCAUGGCUACGAUCCAUGUUGGUUACAGUCAAAGUGGCAGUACGGUGCACUGCAGGAAGGGAGAUCAUGAACAGCUGCAGCAACAUCUUCUCUGUGAGAAUAUAUCUAUAUCUAUAACUGUAUAUCUAGAACAUAUGGUCACACUUUACUGGAACCCCUUGCCAUAGGGUUGACAUAACACUGGUAUACAUAUGACAUAACAGCGUUCACAAGAUGGCUUAACAGAUGAUGUCAGUAGACGUCAAAUGAUAUAAAACUGUCAUACUUUUAUCUGUAAAUGUUAUCGGACAGAUGUUACUGUCAUAAAAUUUAGCAAUAAAAGUAUGACAGUUUUAUGUAAUUUGACAUAAUCUGACAUCAUUGCUUAUGGAAUCUUGUGACAGCGGAUAUGUCAUUCAUUUGCCGGUUAUCUCAGCCUUAUGGCGAGGGGUUCAAUUAAGUGUUAUAUCGAUGACAAUAUAUCUAAGAACAUAUUACUGUAUAUAGUAUAAUUCUUAUUAAUCUGUUGAGUGAGCAUUUUUCAGACACAAAAUGUGUGACAUUUAGUAGUCAUCUCAUGGUUUAAGAUGACUGUUAGCCGUCUACAGCUGAAAUUUUCUUUGUGAAACCAAAAUGUUAAUUUAAAAUUUAAAUGUAUUAUUUUGAUUUCACAAAAAUGUUCAGCUGUCCUCAAGCAUGCUUUAAUACCCUCUGUCAAUGUUAUUGUGAAUUUCUUGUUCAAUACUAGUGGCAAGAACUGUGGUUGCAGAAAUAGCAUCACCACUGGGCAAGCAGAAGGACUGCAGCCUUCAUCAGGGAAUAGCACAGAGAGGCACAGGAAAAUAAAUGGUGGAUAUCACUGAGUAACAUGAUGAACAAGACAGGUUGUAUUGAACAGAACAGUCUAACUUGUUGCACUUAAUUGUGCAUACUAAUAAAGAAAGGUAAGUCCCAACUUACAACUCUCAACACUAAGUAAGUCUUUUUUGGGAAAAGAAUCUGACCUGUUUAGAAUACAUUCCUGUCUAGAUAUUGUAUUAAUAAGCAUAUCGUUGACUGUGAAGUAUUUGAAUGCACUUUUUUGAAAGCACUGAAUGUAUAUUUUUUAUAUUUUUGUAAUUGCAUUGCUAAAGCCAUAAGAAAUAAAUGGUACUGGUCAAAAAAUUGAA